CUGUCAUUGCGUAUGUCUGUUAGAUGUUCUGCUGACAGGGGAGAACAAUAAUAGUACUACGGUAAAAGUUGAACGUACCAUUGCCUUUUUCCUUAGCACCCGGGGAAUGGAACAGAAAAGGUUUAAUAUCAACUUGGAUGACUCUAUAUUCACCAAGGAAAGAACACCGCUAAAGCCGCAGUUUCAGCCUUCUUCCAAAGGACAAAAUAUCUCAGCUGCGUCUCCAUCAGCCAGUGGUCCUCCUCCUCCUGCUGCUGCUGUGUCCGUGGAUCAUCUGUCCUAUGCGCAAUAUAUCGUUCAGGGUAAAAACCACGUGUCUGCUGCUCCUUCCUGCAAACCAAGCAGGACUGAGGUUAGAAGUGUAACCGACCCUGCUGAGUGUGGAACAGUUCAGGACUGUCAAAGAGAGACUGAUGCUGGAGUUCCAGAAACACAAGUGUCUAAUCCUGACAUAAAACCAGAGGAAUAUCAAAGAUCAGAGCCAAGUCUGAGCCUGGGUCCUAAAUCGGUGGGAUCAGGAAACAGCAUUAUUGUCAGUCCUCGACAGAGGGGGAAUCCCAUUCUAAAGUUUGUGAGAAGUGUGCCUUGGGAGUUUGGAGAUGUCGUACCAGACUAUGUUUUGGGACAGACAACGUGUGCCCUCUUCCUUAGUCUGAGGUACCAUAACCUUAACCCCAACUACAUCCACGAUCGCCUUAAACUGCUUGGACAGACUUUCACCCUGCGAGUCUUGUUGGUACAAGUAGAUGUGAAAGAGCCUCAUCAUCCACUGAAAGAGUUGGCUCGCAUGUGCAUCUUGGCUGACUGCACUCUCAUUUUGGCUUGGAGUCCAGAGGAAGCAGGGCGUUACCUGGAAACAUAUAAAUCCUAUGAGAAGAAACCAGCAGACCUCCUGAAAGAGCAAGUUGAUCAAGACUAUCUGUCAAAGGUUACAGGCUGUUUGACCACUGUGAAGUCUAUAAACAAGACAGAUGCCAUGAUGUUGCUGUCCACUUUUUUUUCUGUGGAAGGAAUUGUCAGUGCUUCUAAGGAAGAACUGGUUCUCUGUCCAGGCCUUGGACCACAAAAAGCAAGGCGACUCUAUGAUGUGCUCCACAAGCCCUUCCUCAAGUCCAAGACAAAAGAAAACUGAAGCUACUUGCGUCUUCAGAAGACUGAUUUACAGUGACGUGCACAUAUUUAUGAACUCCGGGACUUUCACACAUUUAAUUUAUUAUAUCAAAUUCUUGAACAGAAUUCAGUAUAUGUUAAAGUUCCACAGUUAUGUCCUUCAAACUCCCAGUGAAAAUGAAUCUUUACAACAUGAUAUUAAUUAAAAUUAAAAGACAAAGACAAAAUAAUGAAAUGCUUAAGAAUGGGCAUCUUCAAGUAUAACAAAUUAGUUUUACAGCAAGUUUUUGUGAGUCAGGUAGUGGGAUGGAUACAUGGAAAUUUCCACUAAUUCAGUUUCUGAACCAGUUUAUAUCAAUUGGGGGGGGAAAUUCAUGAACAUUUCCAAAUCACUGAUAAAUCAUGGGACCUGUGGUAAAUCUGUCAAGAGUAGGCAGUUUUGUAAAACGGAGUGAACUUGCAACAGUGAGCCGAGUGAGGGAAGCCACCAACAUGCUUGGGUCAAUUCUGAAGGCGUUACCAGUUUCUGUGGCUGUAAUUUGGAAAAACUGUGAAUCGUCUAACUUUUGUCUGUUGUGUCACCAAUCCCAACUUCAUGGUAAAGUGCAACAGAGUAGUGCUUUUGUUACAAGGAAACUGUAAAGAAUUAAAUUGUGUAAAACCUCAAGUGUUCCCAAAUGUCUGCAUGCAACUGCAUAUAGACAUGCUUUCUUUACUGAGGUGAAUGAUGAAAUGUACAGUGAGACUGCUCUGAUGAUGGCAUCAGAAUUUAAUUUUUUUUUUUUUUAGCAUUUUGUUAUUGUAACUGCACAUAAAUUUCAUUAUUCUGUGAUAGGUCUUAAUUUUUUUAUGAAAAUAAUUUUAUACUGUU